AACUUCCCGAGCUGGGGAUAUAAGCCAGUGCGUCGCGAACAAUGCACUAACUGUACGGAGCGCACCCGGCGACCGACGGUAGCUCGGCUCAGCUGAGGAGAUAUGAGCGGAGAAGGGCAAACUCAUCGAGAGGGCGUCGGCGGGACCGUGGACAACGGAUUCACAUAUGAAGAUUAUCAGAACACUGCAGAAUGGCUUUUGUCUCACACCAAACACAGACCUCAAGUGGCGGUGAUCUGUGGUUCUGGGUUAGGAGGUCUGACUGACAGAUUAACUCAGGCCCAGAUCUUUGACUACAGGGAAAUACCGAACUUUCCCCAAAGUACAGUGCCAGGUCAUGCGGGUCGACUGGUGUUUGGGAUCUUGAAUGGCAGAGCCUGUGUGAUGAUGCAGGGCAGGUUCCACUUGUAUGAAGGCUACCCGCUCUGGAAGGUGACAUUCCCAGUGAGGGUCUUCCAGCUUCUGGGUGUGGACACGCUCGUGGUCACCAAUGCAGCUGGAGGGCUCAACCCCAAAUUUGAGGUUGGAGAUAUCAUGCUGAUCCGUGAUCACAUCAACCUACCUGGUUUAUGCGGUGAGAACCCUCUCAGAGGACCCAAUGAUGAAAGGUUUGGAGUUCGUUUCCCUGCCAUGUCUGAUGCCUAUGACCGGGAUAUGAGGCAGAAGGCUCACAGUACCUGGAAACAAAUGGGAGAGCAGAGAGAGCUACAGGAAGGCACCUACGUGAUGGUGGCGGGCCCCAGCUUUGAGACUGUGGCAGAGUGUCGUCUGCUGCAGAAGCUGGGGGGGGAUGCUGUUGGUAUGAGCACCGUACCAGAAGUUAUAGUUGCAAAGCACUGUGGACUUCGAGUCUUUGGCUUCUCCCUCAUCACCAACAAGGUCAUCUCUGAUUAUGAAAGCCGUAGGAGGGCCAAUCAUGAGGAAGUACUAGAGGCCGGGAAGCAAGCUGCACAGAAAUUGGAACAGUUUGUCUCCAUUCUUAUGGCUAGCAUUCCACUGCCUGACGAGGCCAAUUAACCAGCCCUGGAGUGGUCUGACCUCUCCUUUAUGGGAUCCAAGGAGAUGCCACCUACUUUGGUCUCUUGCUAGAGUCACGUGCCUCUGCCCCUAUUGUAGUGGCAGAAAGGAGUGUCACCUUCCAUACUUCUCCCACCAGACCUUUCUGGUGCUGAGUCCUCUUCUGCUCAGUUGUCAUCACAAAAUGAUUUCCGCCCCUAUGCCUCUUCAAGAGCCGAAGCCCUACCACACAUUCAAGGAUCUGCCCAGAAUUUGACUUGGGCUGUCGAAAUUAGCACAGUAGCUACUGCUGGCUUUUUAAGAUGAUCCUCUCACAUUCCUGGGGGCUCAGCUCUGCCUCCUCAAAGUGCUGAAGACCACACAAGGAACAGCCUAUUCCUUUUGGGCUUUUAUACUAUCAUAUUUUGAGAAUAAAGAGAAACAUGAAAU